CCGCAACCCCGCCUCCCUACCCACCCUGCGAUGUCGGAAACAACACGACAGGGCAAAUUGACUGUAGCCAAGAAAAAGUUAAAAGAAUAUUGGCAGAGGAAGAGCCCUGGCAUUCCAGCAGGAGUUAACAGGAAAAAGAAAAUCAAUGGCAGUAGCCCUGACACAGCCACUACUGGUGGUUACCGCUCACCUGGGGAUUCAGCAACAGGGAUCCACAGGGAGGCCCCUGCAUCAUCUGCUACCCUGAAGGAUCUGGAGAGCCGGUGUCAAGAACUAGCGGGAGCCCCGGACUCAAGCUCUGCAAUAAUCAGUCAACUCAGUGAAAACAUCCAUUCACUGGGAAGAGUUCGCACAUUGAACAAGGACAAGCAGCAUGAGAUACAUCGGGUACAGAAGCUUGGGAGGAGCUUGUUCAAACUCAAACACCAGAGGGCUGAACCCCGGGCCCCAGAGCCCCCAGCAGGACCCUCUGAGGUGGAGCAGCUACAAGAUGAGACCAAACACCUAAGGAAGGAGCUGGAGAGUCUGGGAAGACAGCUCCAGGCCGAGGUGGAAAACAAUCAGAUGUUGAGUCUCCUGAAUAGGAAACAAGAGGAGAGGCUACGUGAGCAGGAGGAGAGGCUGCCAGAGCAGGAGAGGCUGCUGGAGCAGGUGGAGAAGCUGUUGGAACAGGAGAGGUGGCAGGAGGAGCAGGAGAGGCUGGUGGACCAGGAGAGGCUGCUGGACCAGGUGGAGGAGCUGCUGAAACAGGAGAGGCUGCGGGAGCAGGAGAGGCUGCUGGGGGAGAUGGAGAAACUGUUGGAACAGCAGAGGCGGCAGGAGGAGCAGAAGAGGCUGCUGGACCAGAUGGAGGAGCUGCUGAAACAAGAGAGGCUGUGGGAGCAGGAGAGGCUGUUGGAGGAGGUGGAGAAGUUGUUGCAGCAGGAGGAGCAGAAGAGGCUGCUGAAGCAGAGAGGCUGCUGGACCAGGUGGAGGAGCUGCUGGAAUGGGAGAGGCUGCGGGAGCAGGAUCAGAGGCUGUGGGAGCAGGAGACACUGCGGGAACUGGAGAGGCUGCGGGAGCUGGAGAGGAUGCUGGAGCUGGGGUGGGAAGCCCUCUAUGAGCAGCGGGCCCAGCCACACAGCGGCUUCGAGGAGCUGGUGGAACAAUGAGAACAAGAGCACACUGCAGUUGGAGCAGCAAGUAAAGGAGCUGAAGAAGCUGGGAGCACCUGGAAGCUACGAGCCAGCAGAAACAGCAGCUAAAGCCCAGCUGAGCCUCAUGGCUCUCCCUGGGGAAGGAGAUGGAGGAGGACAUCUGGACAGUGAGGAGGAGGAGGCACCUCAGCCCAUGCUGAGCAUCCUGGAGGACCUGGAGAGCCAGGAGGCCAUGGUGGCAUUUUUCAACUUCGCUGGAGCCCGUGCCCAAGAGGAGCAAAGACUGUGCUGCCAGCGCCUGGCUCAGCAGGUGGUCUCAUCCCAGAAGCCAGAGGCAGCGGCCCCAGCCCCAGGGACUGGGGGUGAGUUUGUGUGUGUGGAGACCCACCGGGCCCUGCAGGGGGCCAUGGAGAAGGUGCAGCGACGUUAUGGAAGGAGAAGGUGGACCUGA